GUUGCAACAUGCCCUAUGCUUAUAGGGCACCUUGUUGCAACAUUCCCCACUGAUUAUAAGACUAUACCUACAACAGUUUGUUGCAACGUCUGUUGCAACAAAUUCCUACGGUUACAGCUACACUACUGGCCUGUCGGACAUUGCCGAGCAGGCCAUCGCCGUCACCAGCGUCGCCGAAACCCCGCCGCCGCCGUCCGCGACGCGCUCGUCGUCGCGCCGCCGCUCGCUCUCCGACGCGCA